CCAAAAAGCCAACACUUGUGGUUGGCUCAUUAAAUACCCCCAUAUAGAUUCCCCAACCCAGUAACCCUUUCACUGUUUUAAUCCAAAAAAAAAAAAAAACCAAUUACCAUGGAGCUCUACCCUCCGACCUACGGCAGCCCUCCCUACCCCUUCCUCCUCCCUCCAUCCUACCUCUACUCCCCCCCUCAAAACUAUGUUCGUUGGAACCAAACACCAGAGGCUCACAUCUAUACCGCUGAUCUCCCAGGAGUGAGGAAGGAAGAGAUUAGGGUGGAGGUAGAGGAUGGAAGGUACUUAGUGAUCAGAACGGAACUCGACGGCGACGACGACGACGACGACGAAGAAAUGGAGGUGGAGGAGAGGAGGAGGAGGAGGAGGAGGAGGUUCAUGAGGAAGUUCCGGCUGCCGGAGAACGGUGGACGUGGAGAGGAUAUCGGCGCGGGUCACGAAGGACGAAGUUCUGACCGUCAGAGCGCCGAGGAGGGCUGCUGCGGUUCCGGACGGGCCGAGGGUGGAGGACGUUAG